GCAAGAUGGCGUUUGGAAAGCUGUGAGAUGUGAAAACAGGAUGGCUGUUUGAAGAGCUACUGUCAAUGCAUAAAGGUUUUAUAGGUUAAGAAAAAGAAGUUGGAAAUGGAAUUGCCAAAUCAUGCCAAACAAUUGCUUCUGCAGCUGAACCAACAAAGAGCCAAAGGUUAUCUGUGUGAUGUGAUCAUAGUUGUAGAAAAUGCCCUUUUUCGGGCACACAAGAACAUCCUGGCAGCCAGCAGUAUCUAUUUCAAAUCCCUUAUCCUUCAUGACAACUUGAUUAACCUAGACACGGAUAUGGUCAACCCGUCGGUUUUCCGGCAGGUUCUAGACUUCAUUUACACUGGCAAGCUUUUGUCCUCCGAUCAGUUCAGUGACCACAAUUUCAAUGCCCUUCUGACAGCAGCAAGCUACCUCCAACUUCAUGACCUGGCUGCUCUCUGCAGAAAGAAGCUUAAGCGCAAUGGAAGAUCCCUCCUUAAUAAACCCACAACCCCUUCCAAUGGAAGAACUUCUAGGAACCAAAGGCUGUCUUCUACACCUGUAACUCCAAACCAAAUGUCAGGGUUAAAAGACAGUGAGAAGACAAAGAGGCAUGAGGAAAUACUCAAAGACGACUUGUCUGAGGAUGAGAUUUUUGUGAGAAACUCCACAAAUUCAAUCAGUCCUUCUACGAUUAAAAACGGAAGCCAUGGUAACAGCAGUUGUGGCAUGCAGGAACUUGGUCUAGACCUUUCCAAGAAAAGCCCCUCAGGGAGCACAGCCACUGAAGAAGUAAGUCCCAGCAGUAUCCCACAAGAAUCACCUCAGUCUGCCUCAGAAUCCACAGCCAACAGUGCCUCAUUUGAUGAGAACACCAACACGCAAAACCUCACUGGGGGAGAGCCCAUGGACCUUGGAGGAGAAUGUGAAGAGAACCAACCACCUCCGGACAUGGACCAGCAUAAAAGAUCUCGUCAGGUUACACGACAGAGGCGGCAACCCAGGAGGGAAGGCAACAAGGGUGAAGAUCCGGAUCUAGGGCCUUUACCCAAUGGUGUUGCCAAAAGAUUGAAUGUGGCUGGUGAAAGACUCCAUGGUAGAAAUGGCAACUCCGAACUGUCCUUCCAGUGCAAAGAUGAGGAAGACUGUUUAGAGAAUGAGCAAAGUGAAGAGAGUGGACAAAGCGAGAGCGAAGGUGGACGGAAUAGCGCCAAUUACAUCUAUCGCCAGGAAGGCUUUGAGCCUGCCCUUGGUGACAACCUUUACGUUUGUAUCCCCUGUGGUAAAGGGUUCCCAAGCUCUGAGGAGCUCAAUGCCCAUGUGGAGACCCACACAGAGGAAGAGCUGUAUAUCAAAGAGGAGGAGGAUGAUUCUUAUCCAAAGGAAGAUGAAGUAGAAGCGGAAGACUUGUCUUCGCAAAUAACCCAUGUCCAAGGCACCGAGUCGCGUCGUUUCAGCUGCUCGGUCUGCAAUAAGAGCUACAAAGAUCCGGCCACUCUCCGUCAACAUGAGAAGACCCACUGGCUUACCCGUCCCUUCCCCUGCAACAUCUGUGGCAAGAUGUUCACCCAACGUGGCACCAUGACGCGCCACAUGCGCAGCCAUCUGGGACUGAAGCCCUUCGCCUGCGAAGAGUGCGGCAUGCGCUUUACCCGCCAAUACCGGCUCACAGAGCACAUGCGGGUGCACUCAGGUGAGAAGCCGUACGAAUGUCAGCUAUGUGGGGGCAAGUUUACCCAGCAGCGUAACCUCAUUAGCCACCUACGAAUGCAUACCUCCCCGUCAUAAGCCAAAGACACCUUGAACAGGAUACCCUCAGCAAAAAGAGACCACGCACACAUCUUUCUUUGAAGUUCACUGCAAGGAACAGAUAACCCAAAGCAGGAUUCUCUUCUGCUAUGACUAGAGGAGCCAUUCAAACAAGAAGCCCUAACAUUGGAGUGAUUAAACCAAUCGGUAUGAUUUUAUAGGCUUAUCAUUUUUGUUUGAAUUUUGCUGUGAAUGUAAAACUGGUAUACUGAUGCUGUUGUAUGGCUCCAAUCACUGCAAUCUACAUGUUGGUUUUAUAAGACUCAAUUCCAUGUGGUCUGUCUUGAUUGUUAUUUUGGCAUCCCAGAGCAUAUUCCUUCUUUUCAUUCUUGGUCCUUCAAAGAGUAUCGCUCAUGGCCUGAACAGAGAGUUCUGGUGGUAUAUAUUAUGUAGAACUCUCAACAAAGUGUAGGCUACGACCAAGUUAUUCUAUGCGCAUUAAUGUAUUGUGAAUUUAAAAGGUUCAAAUUCUUUGAAGUGUCUCUAAGGGUCUGAGACAUAGUGUUGUCAGACUUGCGAGAUAGCUUGUCUGUUGUUAUUUGUGUGGUAUAUCAUGAAAGCUUUGUGCAUCCAACCAAACAUUUCCCAGUAUGCCUACUCUGUACCUCGUACCAUUUGGCUUAUUCCGGCUGUAGCUGGGAAACCAUCUUUAAACUUCUUGAACUGUAACACGACCUUCCGUGGAUCAUCGACAGAGAUAUUGGAGCUUUUGAGAUUGCUAUACCUUAAUGUACCUUGCUGUGUCCCACCUACAUCUGGAUGUAAGCCAAUGGCAACGUGGUGAGGAAAGGCCAUGGGCGUCCUUUAAGCUGUGUUGUUUACUCAAAUAGUAUAUAUGGGUUUACUCUCAAAGAAAAGCCAAACCUAAAGGUACUUGUUUUAAGAUUGACUUUAGAUAACUUAUUGAUAUGCUUUUGUGAAUGUUUUAACUGGAAGUUCUUUCGAUAUUUCUUUUGGGAUCAGAGAGGGUUGGGUUGGUUUGGGUGAUGGGUUGGGUAGCAUUCGUUUUAGUGACGUUGAACUUCAAAAAUCCGUUGGUACUGUUAUUUUUCACUAAGUUUUUCCCUUCACUGAAAAAAAAAAGGCAAUUCCAUACGGUUUUGUCAAAUUUCUACCUCUUAAUUCUUGAGAACAAUACAUUCAUUGGACAUAUGGAGGUCUCUGAAUAUACAUUAGAUGUGUAAAAUUUGCUGAGGCUUUUAUAGUAGUUGUAACCUACACAUCAACAAAGGUUUUACGUUUUAAAAGCAUUAAUGUAGGGUAUAGCUUCUUUGGGCGCAUGUAUUUAAGAUAUUGAAAGUUUUAUGUCAGAGAAAUCCAAAGAGAAAUUGUAAUAUUGGGGAGAAUGGCAGAUGUUUCAUGUAGAAUAUCCCUACCAAAGGUUUUAGAUUACAUUGCAGGAGGUAAGGAUGUAAUUUUUGUCUUUUCAGUUUUUGACAAUGAGCAAUGUAGUGGUUGCGUUAGUUUGUACAUGACAUUUACUAAAAAAAAACAACCAGUUGCUUCUGGUGGUUGGUGGGCCAGUGGCUUUCCAUUUGUGAAGUUUACAAUAGUUUUUCAAUAGUGCUUUCAUUGUCUGCAGAGAGACUUUGAAGAUUUUCAGAAGGACUAAUUUAUUUUAGUUCAGACCAAGAGAAAACAAGAGUAGCAGGUGUCUUUGUGUGUCAUGUCGACCAUAUGUGGAAAGCUUACUGAGUGAGGAAUUAAUGCAAUGAUGCAAAGUAACAUGCCAUUGCAUAAAAAACGUUAUCAUUUAUUAAUUCGAGGUAUAGGUAUUAUGUAUAUGCAUGUUGAAGAAUUUAAGGUUAUUCAAAAUGCUGGUAAUUGUGUUGGGUGAAUGUUACAUUAUCAGUGUUAGGAAAAUGCUGAUGUGUGUAUUUAUCGUUCAGUGCUGAAAUUCCUUGCUGCCAUCUUCUUCAUUUCAUAACUCCGUUACAGAUUACGUUUUUUCACCAGUCCAAGUGGAUCACAUUCCAUGUGUAAUUCUUAGCCUUCUUAUUGUUAAAGUCUUAAUGGCAUUCCUUUUUUUGGGUUGUUUUCUCCAAAGUCUUGUGUUUUGGCGUGGUGAAGCUAUAGUCAUUUUAAACGGAGCACUGUUUAUACUUUCCUGGAGUCCUAUAUAUUUAAUUCGCCUUUUACAUUAAAUGCAUCUCCUUCAGUUUAUUCAAAUCAAGACACUGGAGACAAUUGUACUGCGCAGCUCAUUCCAUUACUGCCCAAUAUUACUGAUUGCCACAUGUGCAAAAGUGUUCAAAAUGAUUGUUAUUGAUUAGAGUCAUGUCAUUGCAGUAUUGCGCACCAAAGGUAACCAAAAUAGCCAAUCAUAUUUAACUUUGAAUGAAUGAUGGUCACCAAUAAUCUUAUGUUAUGUUACCGUGCGUUCACACCAGAGGUGGCGAGAAGCGGCGCGGCGAGUCUUGGGCAGUGUGGGCGUCAGAUGAAAGUUCAAGUGCAGUCAACAUUAUGGUAAUGAGCUGUGACGCGGUUCGGCGGCAACCUAUUGGAAUAUAGAAGUGCUCCGCUCUAGCGAAGUCUAGAGAACACAACCAUGCAAACUUUGGUUCCCACCAAACAUUAGUUCAGAAGAUAAAAUGGAGGAGAAACUAAUUAUUGCCGUGGCGGGUUUCCCAGUAAUGUAUGAUCUGUCCCUGUUUGCUUACAGGGAUAUAAAACAACCAAGACCACAGUUAUUAUUACAAAUGUAUUUUAUUUUGAUAACAAACAACUAUCAUUUUAAUUACUUUCUGCCAUCGAUCGAUUUCUUAUUGUCACAUUUUAAAGAGUUCAUGAGGAUAUACGCUACUUGUGAUAGGUCGGCAAAAAGUAAAUGGUUGACAUGUCUGGAUGUUUAAAUUGCGGCCCCUUUAAAUAUAAUUCACCAAACAAAGCAUUCUGAACAAACGUUGCCGCCUAUUUCAACUACGUCAGAGCGUCCACGAGCGUCCGCGAGCGUUGAAGGCAGGGCAGCCACAGCGAAUUUUGACGCUCUCGCUGCUUCUGGUGUGAACGUACGGUUAGGCAUUCUUAUCUUGAUUUGUGACAGUGUAAUUAGUUGCGCUCUGGCGUUGAUGCACACCUCAACUCAGGGAGGCUAUUUUAAACCAUUUGUAUGUACUAUACAGGAUUCCAGGAAACAGUUCCCAUUGAUAUCUUGCUUAUUUACAAGCACUUCGUUCGAACAACUUAAAGAACCAAUGUUUCGGGUGAAUGAGAUGCUCUAUUGUCGAUUCCAGCAUUUAUGACUAUAGCUGUGAGAACUGGGAGAGUUGAAAAAGGACGACAAAAAGUUUCAAACUGUGACAAUAAUGUUUCUACUCCAAAUCUUCAGGGAUAGUUCUGCAUAUUUUGAAAUGCGGAGCAUUCAACAACAUUUGUAAGACCGUGUCAAUACUGUGUCAAUUUCUGUAUUUUAAUGAAAGAAAAGAAAAACACUAGUUUCCUACUAAAUACAUUUUACGAGAGUGCGUUCCCAUUUCAAAACGACACCUUCGACAAAAACAGUCAAAGAGAUGUACGUUGAAGAAUUGUACUUUUAUGUUCGAGAGUUUUUGGAACAAAAGAAAGAAAGAAAAGAAGCGCAAAAUGUAUAAACGAAUAAGAUAAAAGCUCAUACCCAAAUUUUCUGACUAUUUUCUAAACCAAAGCACAUUGAUUGAUUGAUUGAUUGAUUGAUUGACAGCUUGUCUGACAUAAAGAUACUUGUGCAUAAAAUCUCAUUGUUUACAUAGACUCUUACAGUUGCAGACCUCAGGUGAGGGGAGGCCAGUUUGAAUAUGCUUCUGUGUAGGUCACCAUCUUAAUACGGAAGUCGUAUCUGUGUCUUACCCUGUUGACGUAGCCGAACGCUUGAGCCGGCGGCUACAUUAUGGAUUUUACCACUUGAUUUACGAUUGGCCCUUUAAAAUGUGCAGAGAUAUCCCUUAUGAAAAUCAUAUCGUCGUUGAGCUCAAUAUUUGUAUGAAUCUGCUGCUUUUUUCUUUUUAAAUAUGUAAAUACGCAUGAUUAACUACGUUCUCAUUUACCUCAAAGAAACCUUUUAGGACUUGCUGCAUAUAUAGUAUAUAUAAAUAUAAAUAAAUAUAUUUUAUUUUUGAUUUUUUUGAGAGCUUAAUCGGUUUAAUUUUUCUUUCCGUCUUAUUCUUUCGUUUUUUUUUAUUGAGUUUUUAUGUAUUCUGAGCUGCCUGUUUUUAAUUUGUCCACUAAAGAAGCAAGUUAAAAAGCGACUGGCCUCUCCUCUCUCAUCAUUGGUGCAAACACUUACUGACAGUGUUCACUUUUUAUAUCAAAUGUCUAUUGUCAGUGAUGAAUGUAUUUAUUUGUCUGAUCCUGUGUUCACUUUGGGUGAGACGAGGUGUUUUCAGGGUCCGAGUUUAUUCUGUUGUAGUAAGCCGAGCGGUAAAUAAAAAUAAGUGACACAAAACGGAUCAUUUUCAAACCUGUGAAGAAAUAGACAUGAGUGAAGUGUCCAUCAUAAAUAUGGUUUUGUAAUCCUAAAUCACUCAAAGCAUGCAUGUGCUCUCGAUCAUGCGUCUUCUUGUCAUGGACACUUUGAAAUGCUGAUUGUGUCAAAGUUAUUCGAGGUCGUGUUGUUCUGUACCGAAAGCUUCGGUGUUGUCACGUGCUAUUAUUCAAGGCCGUUGCGUUUUCUUUCUUUGGGGUAGUUCAUCUACAAAUGCCCAACAGAGCCAAAGGUUUUCGUUUUUUUUUUUUGUAAAAGCUACACUUCUGUCAGUAAAAGCAAGCAAUACAGUAACUACGUCUUGUUACUAUAUGAUCAAAUAUCUUUAAGCUUUAUAAAAUGCACUUUCUACGUUCUCACUGAGGUCCUGUAGAUCUAUGCCGAUACACCAUAUCAGUUAUUUUAAAUGGAAAAUAUUUACUUCAGCUUGAAGUAAACUCAAAGAUUAACGACAAAAUAUAAAAAUCUCACACUGUCUGCUGCUAAUGUGUAGUUUUGUCUGAUUAUUCUACAUAUCCUAUUUAGUGUUAAUCUUCAGAACAUCGCCUUCGUCAUUAUAACCGGUAAGUAAGCAUUCACUGGGAUCUCAAGUUACCAAAACAACCCAAACUAACUAAACCAAAGCCAGAUUUACAAGCAUGUGCAUAGCAGGUGGCCAUUUGUUCAUAUGUUUUUACUUAAACACCAUAUCCCAUUGAAAUGCCCUAUUAGCGCUAGUCAUAUGGCUAGCCUGUCAAACUCCCCUCAGAACCCUUUUUUCUCCCCAAUAGCAUUCCAAUACCUUUAUAUGGCAAUAAAUAUUGAUUUUCACAACUUUGGAAAUGGAAAAAGUAGUCCGUAUUUUAGUUGGAAGAAAUUUGGAAGCAAAAACGUUAGCAUUAACAUUAGCGUUAGCUAAAUGCAGCCUAAGUUUUGUGCUCUUGUGAAUGGAGACAAGUCAGUCGCCCCAGCUGAUUAUUUGUUUUUGGUCGGCUUUGAACAUGGCUCGCAGACAACACCGCAGUUUCACGUUCCUCGGAGAGCUUGUAUUCAGGUCAGAGCUACAUGCUGCAUGCAGCUCAAAUUCUGUGUCAUUUGAAUAAAACAUGGUGUACAGAGCUCAUCUCACAUUCACAGUCUUAAUGUACAGCUACGAGAAGUCAUUUUAGAAUCUUUUCAUUAAA